AGUAAGGAUAACGUUUGUCGAAACGGCUUUAAUUAACCGCGUCGCUCAACACAUGCGCUCCGAUCGAGCGCUCGAUUCUCGCCGUGGUUCGCGGAGCGACCGCGGGGCGGCGCUGUUGGCGGCGUGGCUGGUGGCGCUAGUUGUCAAUGGCGCCGGUUGAUAGCGGGAUCGUUGUUAGUCACAGCGGGACCACGUACGGUGGCGGUUGUGGAGUUAGAAUCGUCAACGGCAAGGCAGACAAAAGGAGAGAAACGGGGCGAUCGCCGAGUGGACAUCGAGGGGAGGAUUGGAACAGCCGAGUGCCAAGAGGAGGGUGACAGAACACGAGCCGAACGAGCGUUCCGGCGUAUGGUGUAAACGCGCUCGCGUCCUGGCAAGUAAACGCGUAAAGUCCUCCCGUUGCCGUCGUUGAGUCGUCGUCGUCGUCGUCGCCGCCACCAUCGUUUCUCGAACGUGCGCUAUAAUUCGGUACGUGGGCUCCCCGAGAACUUGUGCGCGCGCGCGCGUGCGUGUGUUCCUCGCGUGUGUUUUCGUCGUCGCGUUGAGUGCGGUAGCCCGAGGAAGGUGGACGGUAAACGUCCGGUUGCCGUCGCUUGGUUCCGUUUCCGUUUUUGUGUUUUUAACGUCGUGCCUCCGCGCUGUGCACGGCGAAGAGACGUGCUGCUGCCAAGCAACGCGUAGUGCAUCCAACUGCGGAGAGAUAGAUAAAGAGAGAGAGAGAGAUAGGAGUGCCAGUUGGAACAAAAGGAAGAGGAGGAGGAGGAGGAGGAGGAGGAGCGGAGGAGGAGGAUACGGUGGAGGUGAAAGGGGGGGGGAGGCGGUGGUGCGGAACGACGGAUUUGUUUUCUUGCACAACGGUGGAGCAAAACGGCCUCAAACUGUGGGGCUCUGGGGCGUUUUUCCUUCCUCCGCAAGGGAUGUACUACCCUGUAAGUACCUUGUCUGCUGAUCUACCGAUAAUGCCGAAUAACCAUAUGGUGCAGACAGGGAUGGCUGCGCCCUAUGGUGGGGGUGUCUUCCCUCCUCCGGUAAACGGGGUCGCGGGUGUCGUGGGGGCGGCCGGUGCAGCCGGUGACGUUAAGCCACCACCACCAGUGACGGUGAAGGAGGAGAAUGCCGGUGCGCCCCAGCAACCACCCCCGACCGGCGGGCCCCAGGUGCCGCCUGCGGCGGGGAACGGGGUCGAUCAACAGGCCAUCUCGGAGGUAUUUCAGGCUGCAGUAGUAGCAGCGGCAGCUGCGGGCGGUGGAAGUGAGACCAACCCUGAAGGCGGAGUGGAGGCUACUGCGUUGGUACCUGUCACGUCAGGCGCGACGACACCUGCGACAGCGACACAAGGCACCGACCUCAAAGGUCAACCAAAACGCUUGCACGUCAGCAACAUACCUUUUCGUUUCCGAGACCCUGACCUCAGGGCAAUGUUCGGGCAAUUUGGGCCAAUCCUUGACGUGGAAAUUAUAUUUAACGAAAGGGGAAGUAAGGGAUUCGGUUUUGUAACAUUCGCAAAUAGUGCUGACGCGGACCGGGCACGUGAGAGGCUACACGGCACCGUGGUUGAGGGCAGAAAGAUUGAGGUGAACAACGCAACAGCGAGGGUACAGACGAAAAAACCGCCGACGGUUUCGAACGUGUGCGUACAGUGGCCCGAGGCUGCGGCACUUAGAGGAGUUGCCAUACAACGUGGCCGAGUAGGAGCAGCGAGGGCGACUUUCCCAACCAGCGCGGCCGCCUUGGCACUGGCCAGGAAUCCGGGGCAACUUGCAGCUGCAGCUGCGGCUACGGCCCUACAUCCCUUCGCACCCGCCGUUUACUACGACCCUUUCUUCGCGGCUCACGCAGCGACGCAGGAUUCCAACUACAGGUUGCAGCUGGAAUGGCCUCAAGCAACAGCUGACGCCGCGGCAGCGGCAGCCGCAGCCUCACCGUUGUUGAAGACACCACUAUCAACGGCACAGCAGGCUACGUACGCAGCUGCAGCAACCUACACGGCGGUGGCUGCGCGCGCAUACGGCGCAGCUGCAGCUGCGGCACAACCGGUCGCAGGAUAUGCCGCAGUCGCGGGCUACGGGCGUGAAUACGCCGAUCCCUACCUCGGACAUGGCAUCGGACCUGUGGCGGGUUACGGGGCAACUGUAUACAGAGGUGGCUACAAUAGGUUCACGCCGUACUAAAUGGAUCAUUAGUAGAACCCAAGAGCCUUCCAAGUUAUACUCAGCAGAACAUGACCAGACACGAGUCGACACAAUCAUCAUCACCGUCAUUUUUGUCAUCGAGAUCACCCACGACGAGCCUGGACCUUCCCACGCAUGCUGAUUCGCUGGUUUUACCUUCCAACUUUUUGUGACUCAACGUCAUCGUGAAGAUGCGAAAUCCUCGAUACAGAAAUCGAAACAGAACUGUUAUUAACGUGAAAAGCAUCGUCGUGCUUUUCUACGUCAAAUCUUUAAAUAGUACCUUCGAAAAUAUGUAAGCGAUAAUUGAAAUAAGCGAGAAAAAUCUGUCUGUAAAAAUGCAACAGCAGCGUCGAGGUCGGCGCAUCAAAGUAUCGAGUCGUGUUCGGCCGGAAAUCGCCUUUAAAAUUGCCUCUAAAGUCACUCCCCUGCCAGCAGCUAUUCGCAGGGGGGAGUCUUCUACUUGAUUCCGUUUCCAUCUGAUCAAUUUUUGGUCCAAGUAAAUUUUACUGAAUUCCAAAUAUCAAAAUUGAUAUAAAACUAAUGGUAACUACUUCUCACGCUUUCGAAUUUUACUCUGCACAAAAUUAUUUUCGAUAAUACCAUCACGUUUCUCUAUACUUGUCAUAUAUUCUUCUUUAAUACGAUAUCAAGCGUUUUAAUCUUGCGAACAAUUUUAUGAGUCACUAAAUGGAAUAUAAUAGUAGUUAUAUUUCUUUCUCUCUCUCUUGUUUAUAGUUUCUAUAAAACGCAUUCAUGUUGUGAUAUUAUGUCCGAUACGAUGCAUGAUUCAUGCAGGUUUGCCUAUUUACUGAAAUACUUGUAAUAUAGCUGUAUAUUUGUUGUAAUUAUUUCUAUUUAAGUCAACGUUGCACAUUACGGUUUGCAUUCAUAGUCUAAAUUAGCAGAUAAUGUUAAUAAUUCGAAAGGGCUGCCGAAUCGCGCGCGCGAAGAAGCCCUAAACAAUUCGCACAAAUAUCAUAGGACAGUUUUACGCACAUGAUUUAUUUAGAUGAAAAUAAAAUAAGCAAAUGCGCAAUUAUUGAAUCAUUACUGAAAAAUGAUAUAAUAUACUUUGCUACAGUAUAAAAUAUAAUUUCUCUGCGAGAGAAAUUAUAUUUUAUACUGUAUCAUUGACGAAUGGCAGCGAGGCAUUGACGAUUUCAGUCGACACGAACCGACACAAGGUGAUCCGAAAAAGCGAGAUCUUUAGGUAGCUAGUUUAAAAAAAAAAAAGAAAAACGACCUAGAAAGAAAUAAAGGCAUCCAUGUGACCGGUAGGGUUUCUAUGCCAAAUAUGUGUGUAUGCGCUUUCGCGCGCGUGUGUAUGCGUAGGUUUGCGAACCAAAACUGUUCUCAGUAAACUUAAAAGUAGCGGAAAUGGAAGAAGACAGGGACAAGAACCGCUUAGCUGACCGCAUAUAUGAAACAGUAUACCGGAUUUUAAUUGCACAGAGUCUAAUCGAAUUGAUUUUUUUAAUUACAAUAGCGCACUUGAUUUCCAUUUGUCUCCUACAAUUCAAUCAAUGUCUCGUUCCUGAAAUCUUAUUCUGAAAAAUUUCAACUAUCUCAUGUCUAAUUAUUUUUAUAAUUUUGUCAUAACAUGAAUUGAAUGCAUCGUGUAUCAAAUAAUAAUAGAAGGAUCCGCAAAAGAAAGACUGCAAAAAGAGAUCCGUUUUAAUUUUUAUUCUUUGGAACUGAAUUUGAGACCUGUAGACUCAGACAAUGCCACAUUAUGUUGUUAUUCGAAAAGUUCCGCACAGCAAUUUUACGUAUCCUUUCACGUAUCAUGUAAGAAUAGAAUGGCAAAUACGGUCAUAUUGUCUUAUCAAUGCCUCUUCCCUCUUUUCCGAGAAAAAUCCGAUAUCGAGUUUGAUAAUCCCCCUCCCCCCUCCUCUCCCCUUAGUAUGUACUACUUAUUUAUUUAGUUAAGUGACUGAACGGACAUGACAAUUUUCUUUUUUUAUCUACAGUAAACAUUAAACAGAGUCCACCUCAUAAUCGCUAAGCGCAGAAUCUCAACGCCAAUGAACGAGAACAUAGUUAUAGUACAUAAACAAAGAUAGACUUGUAGAAUAUGUUUCUUGGUGUGAACCGAUCUUGUAGGGAGUAUCAUGAAUGCACUAUACGCACGAAGCUCUAUCCGCUACGCUAAAAGGAAAGAAGAUCCGUUCGCUCAGGUCACUAUUAACCGGCAAAAAUCAAUAUUGUACAAACAUCUCUAGCAUGGACGUUGCAUACUUAGCAGGUCGUUUCGGUUCCUCGAUGUCGAAGUAACGCGCGUGCGUGCUUGUAAAACGAACUCGUCUUCAUGUCACAAAGGAUGAUUAGGUCCAGCUAAAUGAAAUGUCGACCCAGUUGUAACGAAAUACAUCGAGUAAUCGAAAACGCCGAUACGGAUAGACAUUCAAUAACGUGAAACCACCACUUUUUUUUUCUUUUUCUUUUUCGAAUUUUUUUAGUUGCGAUAUACGGUAAAUGAUUGUAUCUUGAUGUAACCUGUGUAUUAGGUAAUUUUUGUAUUUACAUUUAAGGUUUUUUUAGAAAUUUUUUGUUGAACACACGUGUCUUUUUAUAUAAAUAUAUUUUUCGUUCUCUUGGGGAAUUGUUAGUUUAUUUAUAGACUAUUAUUUUUAUGAUCAAUCGCUGUUUAUCUCGGUUUCUAUUCAAAUCGGCGUUCUCGGUCACUAGAUUUUUUUCUUGUGACACUGCUUCCUGAUCGAGUAGAUAUACCGGUGCGCUAUAUAGAAAGUAAAAGAUGCUCUAUUUGAGAGUAAUGCGAAAUGGAAAAAAUGGUACGCACAUUGAGUCGAAUGAGUGAUAUCUCUGUUAAAUUAAUAGUUAAGCGAGGAUUUAUCGUAUGUAUUAUACGUAAGAGUAUAAGAUACAUUGCGCCACGAUACAAGAAUAAGAAGGCGUGUAAUGCGAACUGAUACAACUGAAAAGCGGAGAGUAAAAAAGAAAAGAAAAAGGAGGAAGGCAAGAGCAAGAAAAUAAGCAGUGUGAAAUAGCCAAAUAUGACAAAGAUGUUUUAGAAAGUACGGCAAGUAGUUUGGCCGUCGUUACGUUUUAAUCUAAUCUUCAACUAGGAUUAUAGGUUAAGCUCUAGAACUCGAGGACGCUCGAGGCAGGAUGACAAUUUUCUCUUUUUUUUUCCUCUCGCGAACGUCGUGUACAUGUACAUAGAUCAACAUAGAUUUUUCGAGCACAAAGAUCGUGGAGGAGCGUGCCGAGGAACACACUAUAAUUUAGAAAGUACUUUAAACGAGCAAGCAGAAGAAGCCCACUCAGACAUACUCAUGAUUCUCGUAACGUUAAAUUAAUGAACGUAGAUUAAUUAAUUGAUUACACAGUAAAUACGUAAAAAUCGGGACGGAUUUUGAUUUAGGGGAACGUGAUGUGCGUGCUCGUCAUACGUGAUGGUUGUCGAAUUGAGGGUCGCAAAAAUCGUCGGUUUCUCAUUAGAUGCACACAUCCCCUUCCGCGUAAAAGA